AUGCGUAACCCCCCUUUCGAAGGAUAUUCUAUUGCUCCUGGCGACCGUUAUCCACACCUCAUUGACCCGAGCCUACCACGACCAUCAUUGUCCUAUAUCAACUCACUUAAUGAAAAGGCCUAUCAUCCGAGCAUGCUGAAUCCGAUGCAUAUGUUGUCAAUCCGCCGUGAGCAUAAGGAUCUAGAGGAACUCCUUGUUCCCGAUGUUUAUCCGAUUAUCACUUAUGAUCACAUCACCAACAGGCCCCCAUCAUCCUCUCCCACCUCCUAUGCUUGGGCCAACAACUACCCAGCAUCAGCUACCACCUCUGAUGAAAGCAUACACAAUCCUGCACCCGUCACCACCUCUUAUGUUAGCAUAAAAAACUCCGCAAGGUCCGACAGCAUUCCUUAUGUUAGCAUAAAUAACCCUACAGGAUCCAUUGGUACCUCUUAUGUUGCAAUAGACAACUCCUCAUCAUCCGUUUCUUCUCUUGAGGACACCGUCGCCAAUCACGAAAUAUGCGUUAGCACAUCGAACCUCCCAACACAUCUUAUCCUUCCCGACCAAUCCACCAUCAACCCUAUAACCCCCGAACCAUCAGCCUCAGAGCGCAGUGAAACCUACGCGUACUAUCUAAGCCAUCAUCCGCGCCUGAGUCGUCAAAUGAUCCAAGAGUGGUUUUUGCAGACAUACCAGCGCCAAAUCUCGACGUCACAGGUGAACAGUAUCAUCCAUACUUGCGGCGGAGUUCCACAACCUCGCUCCUCACACCGUAGAGACAUCCCGAGGGGGGAGCUCAACUACGAAGAGGCAAGGGAACGUGAGCGUGUUCUGGUCUGGAGAUGGUAUACCAAGACACGGGGGCUUGAGGGCAAGAAGCCAGGCAUGAGUAGGAUUACGUCUUGGUGGGAGGGGGCAGACGGAGGGAGAAUGUUGGGGAUAUCGACACUCUCGGGAAUUUUGACGAUAAUGAGACAAAGACAAGACGCAGCUGAGCAGGUCGGAAAAGCAGCGAAGGAAGAAGACAAUACAAAUGAGCCAGGAUCGAGCUGCGGUGAAGAGAUUAAGUCAGCAGCUCGCGACACCUGGCAAGCCACCAAUAGCUUGAAGAGACUAGCCCCGGAGGAUUGGGAAGACAACGAAGAUCUUGUUGGUCCAUGGUGUAAGCCUGGAAAGGAAGCCGAGGAAGCGCUUGAACAACUUCUCCAAAGGCAAAAGGAGACAGGGCAUAUGUAUCCCGGUACAUACAUGCUGCAGCGUUUUAAGCCACGGGCAAGGGCGCAGGCGAAGCGCGUGAAGGUUACUCCACCACCAAAACAUGACCAGGUCAUUUCUGACCACCAUGACAUUGAGAUACGAACAUGGAAUUGGUGGCGCAGGCAUCGUGAUAGGAGGCGUAUCUCUACUGCUAAUAUUGUUACUAAGCUCAAGUACUACUGGGUCGACCUAGAGAAGACCGGCCCUACUCCUGACUUUGACGAGUUGGCAGAGUCAUUAAGGAUCAAGCACAACCUUGUGACUAAUGAGGGAGGUCCGUAUCCACUUGAUAUGGUGAGUCUUGAAACAUUCCUGCGACGGCCCUAUGGCAGAGAUGCUGAUUACUCCUAG